AUGUCGCAAUCAUCCACCCAACCACUCAGUUCAGAAGGUGUCAAAAUUUCCAACACGACUGUCAAGCUCACGGAUGUGAAAGAAGACGACGUCGUGGUUUGCUCCUCCUCCUCCUCCUCCGAAAAGGAUCCAGCUUUCAAUUGGUCCACUCUUGAUCCCAAUUCAUCGCUUCUUCUUCUCUCAAUGAGGAGUGCUCUUUCCUUGAAAGAAGAAGAAGAAAUUCUUCGGAAGAACAACACAACACGUCCCGGAAUCUAA